AUGGCUGCACCGAACAAGUUGCUCUUCCUAAUCAUCAUCCUAGCUACGGCCUCCUCCAUCGACAGCGCGGCCGAAAGAUUCAACGGGAGCUGUGUCCCGGCCGAGAGGGCCGCGCUGCUCUCCUUCAAGGCCGGCAUCACAGGCGACCCGGACAAUCGCCUCGUCUCCUGGCAGCAAGGUGCGCACGACUGCUGCCGGUGGAGCGGCGUCACCUGCAGCCACCGGACAGGCCACGUCGUCAAGCUCCGCCUCCGCAACGAUUAUCUAUUUCCAUUUCCAGAAGAGGAUUAUAUAUCUGGUGCCAGCAACCCUGAAGAUCACUCGCUGCGCGGAAAGGUAUCUUCUUCGUUGCUUGGUCUCUCACAUCUCAAGCAUCUAGACCUAAGCGGAAAUAUUGUCCUCGGAGCUGGAAUGGCUAUGCCGGGAUUUCUGGGCUCUCUUCCAAGUCUGACUUAUCUCAACCUCUCCGAAAUGGGUUUCCAUGGCAGAGUGCCUCCUCAGCUAGGCAACCUCUCCAAACUGGUACAACUUGAUAUGAGAAAUUAUUACGAUAAUUAUCAUAUUUUAUACUCGGACGAUAUAUCUUGGUUAGCGCGUCUCCAGUCGCUAGAGCAUCUUAACAUGGGCUACAUCGACCUGAGCAGAGCCGUUGACUGGGUCCAUGCGGUCAAUGCACUUUCCAAUUUGGUUUCACUGCUUCUCCAAGAUUCUAGGCUUAAUGAGAUUACUCCUCCAUCAUCACUUGUAGACCUUAACUUUACGGUUCUUGAGGAGCUUGACCUCUCUUUUAACUAUUUCUACAGUCCGGCUACACCCAACUGGUUCUGGGAUGUAACUAGCCUCAAGAGCCUUAACCUAGAGGCUUGUUAUCUAUCAGGCCCGUUUCCAAACGAGUUGGGAAACUUGACCUUGUUAGAGACACUUAACAUUGCAGGAAACAACAUCCGAGGGAUGAUACCUGGAACAAUGCAAAAUAUGUGUAAUCUAAGGUCUCUAGAUCUCAGCGUCAACAACAUUGACAUGGACAUAGGAGAGUCCAUUGACUUAUCUCAGAAUAAUUUGGAACUCAUUGUUGAUUCGCAUUGGGUGCCUCCGUUCAACUUGGAUGUGGCAUCAUUUUCAUCUUGUCAUUUGGGUCCCCAAUUUCCUGAAUGGCUUCGAUGGCAGAAGAGCAUCCGUUCCCUUCAGAUUUCAAACAAUGGCCUAGUUGGUCGGAUCCCAGAUUGGUUUUGGACUACCUUUUCUGAAGCUCAGCAUUUGGACAUCUCCUUCAACCAACUUAGUGGUGACUUACCACUCAAUCUGGAGUUCAUGUCAAUUAUUACACUUUCAAUGGGGUCAAAUCUACUCACUGGUUUGAUACCCAAGUUACCAAGAACAGUUGUGGUACUGGACAUAUCCAAUAACUCUUUAAAUGGGUUUGUGUCAGAUUUCCGAGCUCCACAACUUCAAGUUGCAGUUCUGUAUUCCAAUUCAAUAUCCGGGACUAUUCCGACGUCAAUUUGUCAAAUGCGAAAAUUGCGGAUCUUAAAUCUUUCAAACAACCUGCUUUCAAAGGAACUUCCUCACUGUGGCCGAAAAGAGCUGAAACAACAGAACACAUCUAGCAGCAUCUCUUCCAGUGUCAAUUCAAUGAGUUCUUUCAGUUUGAAUAUCACUACUCUUCUCCUAAGUAACAACAGUUUUUCAAGUGGAUUUCCUUUGUUCCUACAACAAUGUCCAAGCCUUGUUUUCCUGGAUCUAACUCAAAACCGAUUCAGUGGAGAGUUACCUGGAUGGAUUGGUGAAGUCAUGCCUGGCUUGGUUAUCCUACGGUUAAGAUCGAACAACUUUUCUGGUCACAUUCCAAUUGAAAUAAUGGGACUCCACAAUGUUCGUAUUCUGGAUCUAUCCAAUAAUAACUUCUCGGGGGCCAUACCACAAUAUCUAGAAAAUUUGCAAGCUUUGACUAGCACUGCUACUGAUUAUUAUACAAGACAUGCUUAUCUUUUCUUUGAAGGAUACAAUGACAAGUAUCUAACCUAUGAUGCAGGACAAUCUAAUAAUAGAUUCUCGGUGAUGAUAAAAGGGCAAGUGCUUGAGUACAGGGAGAAUAUUGUGUAUUUGAUGAGCAUUGAUUUAUCUUGCAAUAGUUUGACUGGCGAAAUCCCAGAGAAACUAAGCUCCCUCGUUGGUCUCAUAAGCUUGAAUUUAUCAUCAAACUUGUUGAGUGGAAAUAUCCCAUAUAAGAUUGGCAAACUUCGAUCGCUGGAGUCUCUUGACCUGUCAAAGAACAAACUUGGUGGUGAAAUUCCUCAGGGCUUAUCAGAUUUAACAUACCUGAUCCGUCUGAACUUGUCAUACAACAAUCUAUCAGGAAGGAUACCCUCAGGGCAUCAACUCGACACCCUCGAGACAGAUGAUCCAGCUUCUAUGUAUAUUGGUAAUCCUGGUCUUUGUGGGCAUCCAGUUCCAAGGGAAUGUUUCGGUCCUCCUAGAGAUCUGCCCACCAAUGGAGCUUCAACAGGAUGGGUUGAACAUGAUUUCUCUCAAACGGAUUUUCUUCUAGGAUUAAUUAUCGGUUUUGUGGUGGGCGCUUGGAUGGUGUUUUUUGGACUUCUCUUCAUAAAGAGAUGGAGGUAUGCUUAUUUUGGGCUACUCGACAACCUAUAUGACAGGUUGCGUGUCAUUUCUGUUGUUACUUGCUAAAAUGGUUCGGACCACGGGUAUGAAUUAAGCAAGAACUACCAAAGAUAUCGCUACAAGAUUAAGGGGCCUGAAGAACUUAUUUCUAUAUUGUAUUGUCAAACACUUUAUCAUUCAGAAAUUACUGAUGUAUCGUAUUGUAUCUUUGUACCGCCGGUGGAAGUUGUGCAUGCCACACAGUUUCGUCUCAUAAAAUAAAUGUAUCCUGCUAUGGCAUACCCAUUAAUGGUGUAAUAUUAUUCAGAACUACUUGGAUUUCUUAUGCCACGUAAUGUGCAAGGUCCCCUUGCUUGUUUAGAUGAUUAUUUUGGAUCAUAAGAUGUAUGGACUAAUUUUCAUGAAUUACGUUUUUAUUACCUUUCGGCAAAAUGUAUUUCCAUGCAACUUCUUGUUAAAUACACCCUCUGUUAAGAAAUAUAAAAGCGUUUAGAUCACUGAAAUAUAACAGCGUUUAGAUCAAGUGAUCUAAACAUGUUUCUUUACAGAGGGGGUAGAAUUUAGUGA